UGACAUUCCCGCCGUGUCAUGUGACCGAACGACGUCCUCCAAGCUGCAGGCAACUUUCCCAAGCUGCGAAUCCCGAGCAACCGAACAUGGCGGACUACGAGGAGCAGCAGAGCCUGUUGGGAGAUGGGGACGAGGGCUCGUCCAGCGGGGGACAGACAGCCGGGGGGGCCGGGGGAGCCGGGGGAGCCGGUAGACCGAUGCUGGCCAUCUGCGACCCCAGCCACUUACUGCACCGAGUCAUUGUCCUGAUAUUCAUGUGCUUCUUGGGAUUCGGAAGCUACUUCUGUUAUGACAACCCGGCUGCACUUCAAACUCAAGUCCUCCAGGAUCUGAGCCUGAACACUAAAGACUUCAUGCAGCUGUAUGCCUGGUACUCCUGGCCCAACGUGGUUCUCUGCUUCUUUGGGGGAUUCCUGCUAGACAGGGUUUUUGGCAUCAGGCUGGGAACCAUCAUCUUUUCCCUGUUUGUCUGUGUUGGACAGGUCAUUUUUGCUACAGGAGCCUUGGUAAAUCAUUUCUGGCUAAUGGAAGUUGGACGUUUCAUAUUCGGUAUUGGAGGAGAGUCUCUGGCCGUGGCCCAGAACACCUAUGCAGUCAACUGGUUUAAAGGAAAGGAGCUUAAUCUGGUGUUUGGCCUUCAGCUGAGCAUGGCUCGCCUGGGCAGCACAGUGAACAUGAACAUCAUGGGCUGGGUGUACAGCAAAGUCUCAGACCUCGUUGGUUCUCCUGGACACACCGCACUGGGUGCAUCACUCAUGAUAGCUGCUGUAACCUGCCUGUUUUCACUAAUCUGUGCCUUGGUGUUGGGAUACCUUGACAAAAGAGCAGAGAAGAUCCUCCACAAGGAACAAGGCAAAACGGGUGAGGUGAUCAAGUUGACCGAUGUGAAGGACUUCCCCUUCCCCCUGUGGCUCAUCUUCAUCAUUUGCGUGGCCUACUAUGUUGCAAUCUUCCCCUUUAUUGGACUGGGACAGGUGUUCUUCAUUGAAAAAUUCAACUUCUCCCCGGCUGAAGCCAGAGCUGUCAACAGUAUUGUGUACAUCAUCUCAGCCCCUGCAUCUCCACUUCUGGGCUUCGUGGUUGAUAAAACCGGGAGGAAUGUGGUUUGGGUGAUGAUCGCCGUGGUCGCCACACUCGUUGCUCACAUGAUGCUGGCCUUCACCUUCUGGAACCCAUGGAUAGCCAUGUCCCUGCUGGGUGUCUCCUACUCCUUGCUGGCCUGCGCACUGUGGCCCAUGGUGGCCUUUGUGGUGCCGGAGCAUCAGCUCGGGACGGCUUACGGCUUCAUGCAGUCGAUCCAGAACCUGGGACUCGCUCUCGUUGCCAUGGCAGCCGGAGCCAUCCUAGACACCAGAGGAUACCUGUUUUUGGAAAUGUUUUUCUGCAUCUGCCUCUGCUUUGCGCUGAUGGCAGUGGUGAUGCUGUACCUGGUGAAUUAUCUCAGAGGAGGAGAAUUGAACCUGUCAGCCGCAGCAAGAGCCAAACUCCAGAAAGAAGCCACUUCAGACGCAGAGUGAUGACUGAUAUUUUCCAGAUGAUGAUGAUGAUGAGGGAGCACAUUUAGUCCUGGGCUUCAGAGCCAGCAUGCUGCACUCUCUACCCCAGAGCUGUCAAUCCACUGCCACGGGGCGGGACUGCACUACUGACUCCGUCCAGUGCUGUCACCUGUGACUCUUCCCAUCAGAACUGACUGUCUGGCCCCGGCUAUUACAUAACCAGCCCUGUAUAAUAGCGUAUUAUGUCCCUAUCAGGAUACUGACAAAUGAAACCGUCUGGACGAGACAGUUCCUCUCUGACCUUUCACACUGACUUCAUCUCCUCCAAUAGUCAGUCUCCACUUACUCCUGUGUGCGUCAAAACUUCAGCCUGACGUUUACUCAGUUCCUGAAGAACGUUAAGACGCUUUGAACUUUUUUCAAACAUUUUAAAUGUUCAGCAAAAGAUAAGACUAAUAUCCUGUGGAAAGGUAGCUAUAUAUGAUAUAUAGUGCUUCAUUCUAUUACAUGCGGGUGCAAGCCAUAAAAUAGGAUUCCUAUUUGGAUUCACUUGCUUCAAAUGUAUAUAGGGUAACGUUGUGGAUGUCUUUUUCAAAGUAAUUUUUUUAUGUUACUUUUUAUUACAAGUGUUUUCAGAAGGACGCUGUUACUUGCCUUAUGGUAGACAACUCAACAGUUAAAUUACGUACUGUACGUAUCAGUAGUCAGCAUUCACAGUAACUGCAGACCAAAAUCCUCCUUACUGGACAUUCCUUAGUGAGUUCAUGUUCAAUUUUAAUCAUAUGCUUCAUUGACCUUUUAUGGUGCAUAAUCUCAAAAAGAGCAUAGCUCUUUGUUUAAAUCUUUAAUGCUCUGUUCUUUUAUUUCUUUAUCCGCUCUUUGCUGGUUUCAGAGGUUGAUAAAGAGUUAUUUUCUGUUGCAUCAUCAAAUGGCACAGUAUUAUAAUCCUUAAGAUAAGAAAAAGAGACACGCACUUUGAAAUGCAUUUACCCGUGUAAUCAAAACACUUUAAACUUUUCACAAACUGUUUUAUUAAUGCGACCUUUUAAAGAAUCAGUUCCACUCAUGAAUAAUGUUUUAUUGACUGUGUUUUGCUCGUUUAUCAAGCUCAGGUAAUGAACUUCUUGAAAGCACUGCCCCCAAAAUGUUGCUUCCUUAGUCUGAAUGGGACAAAAUAUUCCGACACUCUGUUUAACUCUCACCAUUUAAGUAGUAUGGAGAGAGCUGUAUCGCCAUGUGUUGUUGCAGACUGGCUAAUAUACAGACACUACCUCAGUGGGGCAAAUAAGACAUCAAAAAUAUGAAGAGUAGCUCUUACUCCGCAGCUCUGUGGAGAUAGGUCUGGCCUUAACACCCCCUCAUGAUUUUUAUCACUUUCCACAGUUCCAACUUCCUGUUUUUCUGCAGUGAUGUACAGUACAAGCGUACUCUAGGGUGUUUCCGAAUGGUGACAGGUGCAGAAGGGCACGUGUGGUUAGAAGUGAAACAGACUUGGAACUUUCAACCAGAGAGAGUUAGAACUCUGGUGUUAGGUUAUUCUUUUAAAGCCCAACACAUGUAAUAAAACAGGCAGUAGCAUGAAGUUAAAAUGUUGUGAUUGCACAUUACAGUGACCACAGUGUCAUACAGCCAGCAACCUGUGGCUCAUUUGCGCUAUGCUGUAGAGACAGCAGGGCGCUCUUUGCUUAAGUGAGAAUAUUUGUGUUCACUGUUAUUGAGCUGUGUACAAGAAAUGAUAUGAUUGAGAAAGUAAAGAGGAUCCAUUGUACAAUCAAAGGCAGUGAGAUUGCAAAAGCACUAC